CGCGGCGGAAGGAGGAGGAGGAGAAGAAGAGAAAGAGGGUCGAAUGCGUGUAACUAAACUUCGUUGGCAAAUAUGAACCUUUCCAAGCUCGCUCCCCAGCGUCCUCGUCCGUUUCCUCCCUCUCCAUCUUACAUUCUGCCACUCGGCCUUCUCGCCCUUCGCCUCCAACAAUGAUGGAGAAGCAGGGCCGCCAGUCUUCGAUUGUGAAUUCAUUGCAGUCCCUUAAGAGCACACUGGGCGACAAAGGUUCUCGAAGGAAGAAGCCCCUGGGUUCCACCUCCAACUUCAUUGCCUCACGGAUCCCAACCCCAUCCAAGCCCCCCCAGGGAGACAUGUACUCCCAUGGGGUUUAUCGACAGGAGGGACGAAGGAGUGUGCUCUCGUCUCUGGGCCAGCGAUACCUGAAUAGAAGGAAGAGUGGCAAGGAAUAUCGCCCUGUUGACCAAUUCCGUGCCGAACGUGAGGGCGGGCGUCCUUGUGAAGUCCUGGCUCCAAGCCCACGGCCGGCUAGCAUCGCGAGACAACCGCCUGUGAUGAAUGCCUUGCCGGCAUCAGUUACAGUUCCCCGGAUGCCAGAGAACUGCCGUUCACCCGCGCCCUCGAGGGUGUUCAAGGCCUUUGCGCGACCAAAAGAGACGAUCAGGGGAAGCAGAAUGGCGUCGUGCUUCAGGCGAUCGGCUCCUGCUGGACCCGUCUUGGAGGUCACCGAGCCCCAGCCCCGACAGUACUGGCUGGGACGGCUUGUCACCCUCACCAAUGCGUUUCAUUACGAGGACUCCUUCCAUCAACCGGACAUUGCCACCGGAUUUGGAAUGCUGUCCAGUUAUUCUCGUCCCCUGGGGCGUUCCGAUGCCGAUCUCUCGGAUUAUCGCACCAAGCGCGCGUUCAUGGUUCUCGAAAACGUCUGUACAACGGACCAGGCGAGCGCCAGCCUUCGGGCUUUCCGGGAGGAAUAUGUUAGAUUUCAUGGAGAUUGCUGGAUGCGCUAGUCUCUCCAACCCUCGAUGUGCAUGUCUAUCGAUUGGGAUGGUCAUGGAUGGAAGCGGAAUAGAAAGAGAAAUUACUGUACAAUUGUCAUCGAUUAUAUUUCCGCAACGUCUAGAUUUACUUUGUCAUGAGUCCCAGCCC